AUGACCAAGCUGAAGAUUGGAAUCAUUGGUGGCAGUGGUCUGAACAAGUUGGAUAUUUUGGAAAAUAAAUCUAUUAAGGAUGUCACCACACCAUUUGGAAAGCCUUCAGAAAGUUUGGUCACUGGGACAAUCAACAAUGUGGAAUGUGUCAUUUUGGUUCGACAUGGAACCAAACACACCAUUAUGCCUUCUUCAGUUAAUUACCGUGCCAAUAUCUUUGCUCUUAAAGAAGAAGGUUGCACUCACAUUUUGGCAACAACUGCUUGUGGUUCUUUACAGGAACAUAUUGCCCCAGGUGAUAUUGUAAUUCUGGAUCAAUUUAUUGACAGAACAACCAAAAGAAUUCAAACCUUCUAUGAUGGUUCAGAUGGAGCUCCUAAAGGUGUCUGUCAUAUGGCAAUGCAUACUCCAUUUUGUACCAAAUUGUCAAAGAUUCUUACCGAGACAUCAACCAAACUGGGGUUCAAAACACACUCCACUGGUACAGUUGUGACUAUUGAGGGCCCUAGAUUUUCUUCUACAGCUGAAAGUAAAAUGUUUCAGUUAUGGGGCGGACAUGUGAUUAACAUGACCACUGUUCCAGAGGUUGUGUUAGCAAAGGAAGCUGGUAUUAGUUAUGCAAGCAUGGCUCUUGUAACAGAUUAUGACAGUUGGAGAGAAGGAGAAGAAGGAGUUUCUGUGGAUGUUGUUCUUAAGAUUUUCAAAGAAAAUGCCAAAAAAGCUGAAACUGUUUUGAAAAAUGUGAUUUCUGAAAUUGCAUCACACAACUGGACAGAAUUGAUUCAACACAAUAAGGAAGCUGUGAUGAACUCUGUUCUGUCAUACACUUAA